AUGGAUGACAAAGGCAGAGAGCUUUGUCCGCGCCUCAUCGACUACCUGGUAAUAGUCGGUCGGCGCCGUGGAAGAUUUCUCUCCCAAGCAAGCAUCGAUGUUGCAUCAUCAUCGUCGUCCCAUACUGUCACUGCGCCUGAAUUGCUGAGACGUUAUCCAACCGAUGAUCACAAAGAUUUUUACUUGCCCACCGACGUAACAGUCUUCUGUCAGCCAGAAGGAUGCGUGACAAAAGGGAUUCCAAAGCAUUCGCAGUCUCAGCGAGAAACGAGCAGCUUUGUAUUCACACUGACAGAAAAGGAUUCAGCAAAAAUCCGACAUGGCAUCUGCUUGAAUUUCCUGCAGAGCUACGAAAAAGCUCGCUGCGCAACAGCGGAUAAUACAAUCAAACCUCAUAAUAAUCGAUCCCGUAGAAGGCUCGAUUAUAGACUUUCAUUAACAAGUUUAUGCUUAAUAAGUCAUCAUCCAUUUCUUUCAACCUUUCGAGAAUUAUUAUUAUUGCUGAAGAAAUUGAUCGAUGGCUGCAGUCAGAGACUAAGCGAAGAGGGGCAAUAUCCGAAGUGGGUGCUACCACCAAAUGUUCUGCCAGCUUACGAGUUUGCUCUUCCAGAUCACACACGGUUUUCGUUCGUCGAUUUCCCUCUACAUCUGCCACUAGAACUGCUUGGAAUUGAUACGGCCAUCAGAGUUCUUGCUGCAGUCAUGCUUGAGUCAAAAGUA